AAAAAACGAACGACAAGUGUUCUCCACCGCUCCUCGACGCCGAUUUCCGAGCGAGCGACCGCGAGAUUCGCACGACGCAGUGCGUCGCGAUGCGUCGCAGCGCGGUAACGUCGUAACGUAACGGCGCGUGCAUCCGAAACGAACGCGGCGCGUGCGAACGCAUGCGGAAUUCCCGGUGCAUCCUUCGCGCCGGAUGGGAGACACCGAGCGCGCCGCCGUCGAGCAGGAAGAGGAUUCUCGCCAACGACGCUCGUCACUUCACGAGUUUAUUUUGACGACGGAUCACCCUAUACGCGCUACGCUCGUGCGAAGCGAGAGUCGAAGUGUCGUAAACACGCUGUGAUGUAGUGUGUGAGAGAUUCUCGUGAGAAACGUUUAUCGAACACACGAUCGAGAGAUACGUCGGCGAACAUUUGCGUGAGCGCGGGGCUCGAUCGACGAUUAUUGCCGCUGAGAUUCUGUGAAAAUUUGCAAGAUUUUUGUUUGUUACUGUGCAAGGACUGAAUUGACUGGAGUCACCGCAGGUGCGUCUUAUUCUCCAUCGCGCUUAGAGAUUUAAAUAACUCAUCUCGGAGUGAAUUCAAAGGGAGACGCGGCUACGAGUUCUGGGCAGUUUGACAUUUCGCCGAAAUCGCGAAGGGACGCUCUUCGCAAGAGGAUGGGAGGAAGGAUUUCGCCUCUCGCCGAGGAAACAUGUCCCGCGGCGGUCGUCGCAACGCGCGAACCGGUUACGCGCUCUUAAAAUAGUUUCUCACGCGCGUAGGUAACUGGCGCGCACCGCCGUCCCGCCGCUGGAACACGCCAACGCCAGUUGCCAGUUGUCGUUAUGGAUAUGUGAUUCAAGGAUAGAUUUUCUUGUAUCUCAGUAUCUUUCUUCAGUUCGAAGCUCACACACAAAAUAAGAAAAUAUUUACGUGCGUGAAAAGACUUAGUAAAAUAUCUUAUUAUUUUAACAGGAUGAGAAGCUUAAACAUGCUGAUCGCGGCCAUUGUCGCGAUUUUGUACUUGACGCUCUCGACGAAACAUUCGGAAGCAUGUAACGAAUCGAUCUGUGCAAGCGUCGUGAGCAAAUGUAUGCUCACACAAAGUUGCAAGUGCGACCUGGUCACAUGCACUUGUUGCAAGGAAUGUUUCUCGUGUCUAAGCCAUCUGUACGACGAGUGCUGUUCAUGCGUAGAUCUAUGCCCGAAGCCAAACAUCACCGAUAACCCGUUGAGCAAGAAAUCUCACGUGGAGGAUUUCAGCGUGCCAGUGCCCGCGCUCUUCGUAGCGCUCACAUCAGAGGAGGACGUGCUCGGGCGAUGGCUCACGUUAACAUUUCCCGUAGAUUACGAUUCGAAGGUAUUUGCGCACGAGAAGGAAAUAAAAUACUAUACGCAAACGGAAGAGGAACAACACCCUCUGAAACCAAACAUUGUAACGGUGAACUGCACCGUCGCGUUCAUGGCGCAAUGCAGCUCUUGGAACAAAUGUAAAGCGUCCUGUCAGAGCAUGGGCGCUUCGAGCUACAGAUGGUUUCACGACGGCUGUUGCGAAUGCAUAGGCGAGAGAUGCAUAAACUACGGGAUCAACGAGUCGAGAUGCACGCACUGUCCGCUGGACAAGGAUGACGACAUAGAGGAACCGUACGACGAUUACGGUCAGGCCGAUGAAGACCUGAUGACCGAGGAUGAGGAUUAAGAUCGAGGAAGUGCUUUGACCGCGAGAAAGACAUUUGUUCUUCCGAUGACAAUGACGUCAGGGAAUUGACUCUUGUAACGAAUCGUUUCUUGUUAUCGCGUUGAAACGCUUUUUCAGAUUUUAGUAGUCCUUGAUUCUAAACCGUCGUACAUUUGGAAUUUUACUUCUAGAAAUCAAUUAUUCAGCAUUAGCGAAUUAUUGAAUAAAAAUAAAAUAAAAUUCACAAAUGUAUAAUCUUAGUUUAGAACAUCGUAUAUCUUAAGAGUGAAUUUUUAUGAAUUAUUUAAUUAUACGGGAAUAUAAUUUUUUUUAAUCCUAAUGCGACAAGGGUGACUCAAAACGUCGAGUCGACAGACGAAUCAAAACACGAUUAUUCUACAGCCACCCUGGUCUCUGUACAUGACUGCAGUGACAUGUAUAAAUGUAGUCUUUCCUUUCUUUUUUUGUUUUCUUCUUUUAUUAAGAAUAUACUCGAGAAGCGUUAGAUUAUCGUACAGCGUCGAGGAUCUUUAUUAUCGCGUUCGUGCCAUAAAUAAAAUUGUACAUACAUCAAAUCGCUCUCGAGAAUAUUGAGAUCGUUUUACACAUACAAGACACCUCAAAACUUUUCCGAAAGGAAACUAUGAGUUACAAUACCGCUGGUAAAUUUCCGGAUAUUGAAUGUCGCUCGCAGUGACAAUUUUAAAGCAUCUUAAUUAUCCUGCUAAUCUCUGCUAAUCAUAUUAGAAUUAUAUAUUAUUUUGAAAACUAAUAUCUCAUUUUAGAGUAAGGCGUGCCCAAUUAUCUUAACAAAUAAUUUCGUUUUAUUCGACUCAAAUUUAUAUCUAACAUGCAAAUGUAUUGAACUUUUAUUCCUGUAAUAAAGUUCAUGUGUAAAAAGUGUUUAGGGAUUUACGAGCGGUACUGCAUACUAUAACGGUGGUGUACACGCACUCGCGAUUAGAGCAGGCAAUGUAAAAUACGCCUUGUUUUCCUCGAGCGGAAUGUGAUAUGCUUCGGGAUCGAUUGAGUAAUAAUAUUUAGCGAGGUGUGCGGAGACACUCUCGAAGUUCAAGUUAUCCAUGUACAAUAGAAAUAACGACCACACAUGCACGCACUUCGGUAUCAAGGAAUAUUCGAGAGAUCGGAGAGAGUAUCUUCCCGAAAAAUCUCACGAAUGAACGGAACGAUAGUCUGGAUCACGCAUACAUCUGUAUAUACGAGUUUUAACAACGUGCAGCGUCCAUUUCUGAACACGAGAGCGGAGCCUCACUCCGUAACAUUUAUAGCAGACAGAACUAUUUCAAAUGCGACGUUCUGAAGUAUAGUUCUUCUGCAACAUAUGUUUGUAUGGUGGUGUUGCGGUCUGCAUGGUGUUUCGGUUUAUAAUAAUAUCAUAAAUGUUACGAGGUGACAUCCUGUAUAACGUUCUUUAUAUAAUUUUACUAUCGUUAGUUGCACACUCAAUAUGCACAUACUAACUUGUACCGCGCUCGCAAAUAUCAAACAUGUAUACAUCACGAAUAAAAUUGGUCGAAUUACUAGCUGAACUGACAGAUCAAUAAAUUCCGUUCAACGGUAUACCUUUGGAUCAUUCGAAUCGCCAAACAUACCCAGACUUGGUCUUCCUUUAAUAAUUUUCUAUCCAAUCGAUCUGUCCGAUAGAAUAACAACAUUAAAAAUAAAAAGUUUUAUAUUAUGUAUUUUUCUGAUAUGCAAUAUUCAUUCAGAAAUCGAGAAAGAUUGUUUUAGAGUUCAGUGAUCCAAAGGUUGAAUUUUCAUUUCGGACACAUUUCAAAUACGAAGAACAUUGUUUAAGUGGGUGGAUGUUCAUCUUGUACUUCAUUGCUCUCUGGCAAUUUGAUGAAGGACAGAUCGCCGCCGCUCCACAUCGAGUACAAUUGCGACCUCGUACACUCCUAGAAUCAUCGAUAUUUACGCUAUAUGAAAGAGGAGAAAGAGAGAGAGAGAGAGAGAGAGAGAGAGAAAGAGAGAGAGAGAGAAAGAGAGAAAGAGAGAAGAGCAAGAGAGCAAACGGAAAAUUAACUUCCAACAACAUCGAAGCGUUGUGUAAUAUAACGGAAUGGUUGUAAAUAGAGGAAAGCAAUCGCAGCGAGUAAGAGUAAUUCGUACGCCAUCAUUUUUUGACUGCAUAAAUCCUACAAAUAUAUCUUUUCUGUCGCGUUAUGCUUUAGCAAUUUUGUUUGAAUCUUCUUUUGAACGUUUCAUGUAUAUAAAUCUAUAUACGUAGAGUUUGUCUCUCCUUCGAAUCAAAAGCUGAAAUUUGUGAUCGGCAAAAAUGUCGGUGUACGAACACCUUUUUUUUAUUGUGUAUCGAUAUCAGGAUGAAGUACCAGCUUAAUAAACUUAAGUUCACUAACACACCGUA